AAAUACUUCCGUGUGGGCACAUUCACUAAAAAAGUCUGUGUACUCCUAAUUCAUCAAAUGUAUUGAUGUAUUAGCUGGUAUUAUCUUAAUAUUUCAUAAAUGCUAAUCUGAAAGAGUGGUCAAUUAGCUAAAGUCGUGAUAAACACCAACAAACAGAAUGUCAAAUUUCAUCGCGCUGCAGACCCAGUUGGCCUCUGUCAUGGAGACCCUUGUUCACGCGGCGGUGGCCGAACUGGGUAAACUUGUAGAGGACAGCUCUGUUUUCGUAUUCAGCCUGGAAUUGACCCAGGGGCAUAGCGAGGAUGACGAAUUAUCGGCAAAACUGCAGACGGAGAGUCAGAAUAAGAUGACAGACUUUGCCACAAUCAUGGAGGUACUGGGCAAUGAGGCAUUGGGUAAAAUAAUGAAAAUUGUGGAUGAUACAAAGUUUUUGAUGGACUUUGAAUCCAAGUCCUUCAAAGGCAAUAGAGGGAAAAAAGCCAAACCACAAGCGAGCAUCUUGAAUAUUCUCUCAGUCGGAGGAAUGGCAGAGGAACAUUCUUAUGGCGGAAGUGGUAAAACUGUGGAGCAAACUGUUUCAAUGGAGUCUGCAGAUGUGGAGGAAGUGGACACACCAGAAUCUCCCCUCGUCUUGGCUGUCUCUGUCAAAGACGAGCAUGGGCAAAUAGACCUGGGGGCCAUUGCAGAGAGAGCUGCCGAUGAUGCUUUUGCAGGAAACUCUUCCUCAGAGCACCAGUAUGGUAUGAUUAGCGAUGACCCCCUGGUGAACCCCACAGACAUCCUAUUGGAGACUUUGUUCGCCCAAAAGAAGCUCUUCAUUUGCACCGAGUGUGGGAAAAGUUUCUCCACGCAGAGUAACCUCAAAUCCCACCAGCGACUUCACACUGGCGAGAAACCAUUUGUGUGCAUGUUCUGCAACAAAGCCUUUGCCCACAAACAGAGUUGUAAUGAUCACAUCCGCACCCACACUGGUGAGAAGCCCUUCAUAUGUGGCGUGUGUGGGAAAUGCUUCGGCAAGCAGGCGCACCUCAAGACCCAUUCGAUAAUCCACACAGGUGAAAAGCCUUACAGCUGCACUGUGUGUGGCAAGAGCUUCAACCUGGCACAAAAUCUGUCUAGACACCAGCAAAUUCACACAGGAGAGAAAAUCUUCACCUGUUUGCUGUGUGGGAAAGGCUUCACACGCGCUGUAACACUGAAGACCCAUCAACUCAUUCACACUGGACAAAAGCCCUUCAAGUGUAUUCAGUGCGAGAAGAGUUUCCGUCACGCUGUCAAUCUGAAGAACCACCAGCGGAUUCAUACAGGCGUAAGGCCAUUUAGCUGUGACUUGUGUGGCAAGACAUUCCGUCAAUCGGUGAAUCUGAAAAUACACAAGCGCAUCCACACUGGAGAGAGGCCAUAUAUCUGCACAGAAUGCGGCAAGACCUUCAGUCAGCAGAGUAGUCUCAUGUCUCACGGACGCACCCAUUCUAACGAGAGACCUUUCGAGUGUAGCUUCUGCGAGAAAAGAUUCAACAACGCCAACAGUCUGAAGUUGCACCAGAGAAUCCAUACAGGAGAGAAGCCGUACAGCUGUGAAAUCUGUGGGAAGACUUUCAGUCAGGGCAGUCAUCUCCGAACACACAAGAGGCAUGUCCACGCAGGAGGGAAACAGUACAUCUGUGAUAAAUGUGGGAAGAGGUAUUCAGACAAACGAAAUCUUAAGAUGCACAAAUGCGUUUAUGCCUCAACCUAACAUGGUGAUGGGCAAACGGUUUCAAUUUUUGAGUGGCUUUUGUUGUUGUUUGCUUUGCUGAUGAAGGAGAGCCUUGAAGCCUGGCAUUUGAAUCUCUAGGGAAACCCCCUUCAACUUGAUUUUAGCCUGAGCAAAAAUAUAUGGUUUAUUUUGAAAUAGGAUUUGCUGUCAGGAGUUAGGUGUUUUUGUUCCCAUUUAAGCAAUUAUGAAAAGUAAACUAGUAAAACGCAGAAACCAAAUAUGCCUAUGUUAAAUAAUGUAAUGUUAGUGUAUACUGUAUAUAAUCAAGCAGCUUUUAUAAGAUAGGUUAUUUAGCUUAAAUAAGCAUAUAGCUAACAUUUUGCAGCCUGAGAUGUAUUGAUAUAAUUUGUAAAAAAGCCUGUAAAACUGAAUCUGGAGUUUGGGCUAUGAAAAAGUGGUAGGUUAUUUAUUGUUAUAACAGAACCGCUCGGCUGACUAGUCUGUACUUCCAAAACAUCAGUCUGCUUUUAUUUAUUGUUUACCACAUGUACUUGUUUCUUAAAGACCCAGUGCAGUCCAAAUAAUGUUUUCCUGUGUUUAUAUCAUAUUGUACAACAGCUGAUGAAACUAACACUGUAAAGGUGUGAUUAAAUAAAACAUCAGUGUUAAUUCCUGAUAGUUGCUGGUUGAAAAUACAAUCUACACAUUACCUUCUAAUCAGCAAUUUUGCAUGGGUGGGAGUUUUGGCUUUCCAUGGUGACAUCAAUAUGAGGUAAAUUGGUUAAUAGACCAAUUACAAAGCGUUCCAAACCUCUCU